GUGUGACUCUGGUCUGAUCUGCAGCCUCUCUGUCCUGCCCAUUGGGGGCGUGGCCAAUAUGUUCAGUGGGCGGGGUUAGUGUGAAUGACUCCAGCCUCCUGUGUGAACUGCAGGGUCAUUAAUCACUCUCAGCUCCAGGCUGCCGGACCGUCAGAACCUCUCAGCUCCAGGCUGCCGGACCGUCAGAACCUCUCAGCUCCAGGCUGCCGGACCGUCAGAACCUCUCAGCUCCAGGCUGCCGGACCGUCAGAACCUCUCAGCUCCAGGCUGCCGGACCGCCAGAACCUCUCAGCUCCAGGCUGCCAAAUCGUCAGAACCUCUCAGCUCCUUGCUGCCGGACCGUCAGAACCUCUCAGCUCCAGGCUGCAGCCUCGUCUUCAUCUUCCUCUCUUCGGUUCCUGAGAUGCACCUCAGAGUUUCCAGCAUGUCGGCUGCUGAGAGGCUGCAGGAAGUUUUCACCAACAGCUCAGAGAGGAACACCACCGGAGCUCACGACUGGACCGAGGUGUACCAGGCGGUGCGGUGGAUCCAGCUCGGCAUGGCUGUGCUCAGUAUUCUGGGCUCCGGCUCCAUCAUCGUCUGCGUGAUGCUGCAGAGACUCAGCCGGACGCCCGAGCUGCAGCCUCUGUUCCUGCUCAGCGUGUCGGACCUGCUGCUCGCUCUCUGCUGGCUGAUCGGAGCGGCUCUGUUCUCUACACACUGCAGCAGCCUCAACAAACACUGCUACCACCUGCACACUGUGGAGCAGAUUUUCUACAUGGCCUCCUUCUUCUUCACUCUCAACUAUGUGUGGAACUUGUACACAGCAAUCAGAGAGAAGUACCACAGCUGCAGCAAUGGAUACCCUGUACAGUUCUCCAACAGAGUCAGCACCGCCGGCAAAAUCCGGGCUCUGCUGUCAGGGCUGAUUCCUGUGAUGCUGAUGACGCCCGUGUUCGUACAAGGAAACAUCAGCCAGUGUCAGGCCAACUCCAGCGAGCCGUACAGGUGUCUGCUGAUGCACACUGGAGCGCUGUUUCGUACCUCAGAGCAUCAGCAGCCAAUCAGAAUCUGCAGACAGCUGCGUACCUACUGCAUCGCCAUCUUCCUCGCCACCUUCUUACUCACACUGCUCAGCAUCAUAGUGCUGAUGGUGAAGGCCCGUCGUAUUUACAGGCGGGUGGUGACAUCACAUGGUUACCUAGGCAACGAGCAGCGGACGGCCUUCCGCGUGAUGGACCGACGGAUGCUGCUGUACCCGCUGGUCUUCAUCCUCUGUUGGGGUCCAGCUGUGAGUCUGGCGUUCCUCCUGGAGGUGAAGCCCUCGGCCGGGCAGGGCUGGGCCGUGGUCGCUCUCUACAUAUCGCAGGCGUUCACCUCGGCCUCUCAGGGGUUCCUCAACUGUCUGGUCUACGGAUGGACUCGUGCUCGUCUCCGCCGAGCCGGCAGGAUGGUUUUAUCUCGAGACGUGGACACUCAGACGCCUCUGCUGAGGUCGCAGACGACGAGAGGCUACCAGACGCUGCGCACCGUCGGCUGACAGGCGGAGGAGACGUGACAAACUGAAAGUGAAGUGAGCAGGUGCUUUCUGUCCUCACAGAGAGUCUGAACUCUGACUAUCAGUGAGAGGGAAAACACCGAGCUUGUGUCUCUGCAGAGGACGCUGAGGUCCACCUCUGAUCCUGAACCACUGAGGCGAGAGAAAAGGGAAGAAGGAGGAGGAGGGGGAGUUUACAGCAGGAGGAAGUGCGACGAGGGAAACAGGAUUUGAAAAAGACGAAGCUGUAUUUAAUGUGCAGCACCAAACCUCACAGGUGGACUGAAGUUAUUUAUAGUUUUACACCAGAGAACGACUUUUUAUGUUGUGAUCACACGGUCAAGUUACUGAAGCUUCCUUCAUCCUAAAAGUUCAGGGAAGGUCGACUUCUAAAAAAGAAAGUUGGUCUGUAGAUUUGGGGAUACUACAGCCAUCCUCCUCCUCCUCCUGAUGAUAUAAAGUCCUCCUCUCCUCCUCCUGAUGAUAUAAAGUCCUCCUCUCCUCCUCCUGAUGAUAUAAAGUCCUCCUCUCCUCCUGAUGAUAUA